GAGUCACACUUUAGCAACACCAGAAGAAGUGGAUCAACCGACGGAAGCACAACCAGAACAAACAGUUGAUGUACAUUUGCAAAGUUUUUAGUAAAUACUUACUACAAUAUCCAAGCAGGAAGAACCGCGUAGCAGCAAGUUGUUAUUUCGGGGUUUAAAGAGACGACUAUCCCAGUCGUCCCCCCCGGACUAAGGCUAGAAGAGGAGCAGUAGUGUUUGAUAUUUCAACCACCAGUCAGAAUGGAUCCAGCACUACUGAGGGAGAGGGAGCUCUUCAAGAAGAGAGCUUUGUCCACACCAGCUGUAGAGAAAAGACUUGCUGCGUCAGACUCUGGAUCACACAAGAAAAAGAAGCCCAAAUUAGACAAGGAGGGCUCAUCUGGGUCCAAACAAAGCGCUGAGUCCAGUAAUGGCAGUUUUAACAUUAAGACAAGCUCCGGCUACAAGUUUGGUUGCUUGGCGAAGAUAGUAACUUAUAUGAAGACAAGACAUCAGAAUGGCGACACACACUUCCUGACGCUGGAAGAAAUUCUGGAUGAGACCAAACUUCUUGACAUUGGCAUGAAACAGAAGCAUUGGCUCAUGACAGAGGCAUUGGUUAAUAACCCAAAAAUUGAGGUCCGGGAUGGCACAUAUGGCUUCAAGCCCAAAUACAACCUGAAGGACAAAAAAGCUUUACUGAGGCUGCUAGACAAACAUGACCAGUUAGGCCUCGGAGGAGUGCUGCUGGACGAUGUCGAGGAGGGGCUGCCCAACUCUGCUAAGGCCAUAAAAGCCUUGGGGGAUCAGAUCACAUUUGUAACAAGACCAGAUAAGAAGAAAAUCCUGUUCUACAAUGAUAAACACUGCCAGUUUCUGGUGGAUGAAGAAUUUCAGAAAUUGUGGAGAAGCAUUCCUGUGGAUUCCAUGGAUGAAGAGAAGAUUGAGGAGUACUUGAAAAAGCAAGGCAUUUCCUCAAUGCAGGAAUCGGGACCAAAGAAAGUGUUACCAGUUCAAAAAAGGAAAAAGCAAGCUGGUCAGAGAAAGAGACACUUCAAGACCCACAACAACCAUUUGGCAGGGGUGCUGGAGGACUAUACUGAUGGUGUGCCAGCCAAAAAGUGAAAUUAAAUUCUUGAAAUACUCUAUUA